AUGUCGCAGCUACGGAAGGGCUUCCUGAAGAACUGGUUCGCCAUUGAGGCUACCCCCAUUUUUGCCGUUGUCGGCCUCGUUGUCGUAGGGGGAACCUGGUAUCUUGCACGACUUGCUCGUGGGCCCACAGUUGUCUGGACAAAGGAGAACCCAACUCCCUGGAACGAAAUCAAGCCCAAUGAAGGUACGAAGAUGCUUACAGUCAACCAGCACUUCGAGAAGGGUUGGGAACGUAAGAAGCUGUAAUUUCAUCUACGAGCGUGCAUCUUGUACAGCAAGCCUGGAACGAGUUAUAACAUUUUGCAUUAUGCAUGGCA